AGUUGGCAUCGCGCGGUUCAUGCACCAAACGACGCGGAAUAGUAACAUCCAACGCAGCGGACGAUUCUAUUUAUUUCGUGCCGUGACAAAUGGGAUUUAGUGGGCAAGCGUAGUGUAAUAAAAGCCAGCAGAAACGGUUCUUCUGCCACAGAAAACAGAACCAGAAACCAGAAAGUGUACGCAAAGCAACUACCAAUUGGUGGACACUCAGCUACACUCAAGCAGCAGUUACAUUUCCAUAAAUCAAAAUAUCAAAUAACCAUCAAGCCACAAGACAAACUGUGCCUCGAACCAGUGGGGCCCACCGCCAGCGACACUUGCAUUUUCCCCACGUAUUAUCCCAGCCGCAGCUCCCGACUGACACACAUUGGAUGAGCACAAACAGCAAAGCGAAAUAAAUCAACCAAAAUAAUGUCAACGAAAUCAAUACAAGGCAGCAGCUGCAGCCAGUUGUUGCUGUUGCUGCUGCUGCUGCCGGCAUUGCUGCUGGCAGCAUCUCCAGGCCCCAAACAGAGUGCCCGAAUAGCGAAGAGUUCCAGCGACAACAAUGCAUCGAUAUCGCUGGUCGAGGCCACGUCAAAGGCAGCAGCCGCAGAAGGGAAAACAUUCGAAGGCAACAGAAGCGAGAAGCAGCGUGGCAACAAUGCCAACAAAGCGGGUAGCAAGUAUGAGAUACGCGGCGUUGCUGGUGAACCACAUUACAAAUCGGUGAAUCUGACCUGGGAAGUGGAGUUCGUGCCGUCGGACGCUGACACAGAUACGAGUGGAGAUGGAGUCGCAGUUGGAGCCACUGGGUCCCCAGUGAAUGUGACAAAUAUGAGCAUCGAUGUGGAACCACCCAAGGCAUUCCAGAUCUUCUAUUGCGAGAUGCAGAACUAUGGGCCGCAGCGUUGCCGCGUCAAGUUGGUGAACAGCACAGCCGCUGAGGUGGCGGAGGAGCAGGCUGCCGAAGUCCCCAUGGGCCUCCAAGUACAGCACUUUGCCGCUGCCGUGGACAACCUGAGGAUGGCCACUAGGUACAGCUUCCACGUACGCCCUGCCACACAGAGACGCCUCCAUGCGGGCGCUGCUCGCAGGUCGAACGCACGCGCCGAGCUGCACGAUGAGAACGAGAUCGAAAGCAGCGGCGGCUCGGGGCACCUGCCCGGCCAGAGCAUCAUCAUACCCACAAAGGGCUUCUCCGCUCAUGCCACGCAAUGCCUGCCGCAUGCCUCGGAGAUUGAGGUGGAGACGGGCCCUUACUUUGGCGGACGCAUCGUCGUGGAUGGCGGCAACUGUGGCGUGAAAGGAGAUGCCAGCGAUGCCGCCGACAAGUACACCAUGCGGAUCGAUCACAAGAAGUGCGGCAGCAUGGUCAAGCCGGAGACGAACACCGUGGAGACCUUCAUCACGGUGCAGGAGAAUCUGGGCAUCUUCACGCACAGCACGAGGCGCUUUGUGGUGGUCUGCAGCUAUCAGUCGGGCAUGCAGACCGUGCGGGCCAGCUUCACGGUGCCCGGCAAGAACGGAGUGGCCGCCGCCUACGAGCCCAACGAUCCCUUCGAGCCCGACGAUGACCAGCGCCUGGGCAGGGAGCUGCGCCAGAUGCGCUACGUUAACAAGAGCGAGCUGGUGCUCAGGGAGUCCGAGUCCGAGUCUGAGUCCGUGGAGCAAGCUGCUCUGGUGGAGGAGGCGCUGGAGGAGACCACCCUGCCAGCAGUCCACAAUAAUAACAGUCGCCAGCAGGGACGAGCUUUGAGCCUGGCCAGCCUCACAGAGGUCAACAGUCUGGCAGAGGAGCCGGCUCAGGGUCGGACACUGGAGCAGAUGGACACCAAAUAUGCCAAGCUGGUGGUCGAUCAGACGCCGCAGCUGGCAGCCAACUCCUGGAGCUCCGCCAGAUCGAGACACGCCCAGCGCGAGGCUGGCCCAGACGUUGGUGAUGGCGAUGGCGAUGAGGGUGAGGCAGCUUUCGCCCCCACACUGCGUUACAUAAGCUCGAAUCUGAGCAGCGUGCUGGUAACUGUUUCCAUAUCUGUGAUAAUCAUCAGCAUUUGCCUUGUGCUGCUGCAGCGACAGCGCCAGCGGCUGCGCCCCCAGACCCCAGCAGGCCAUCGCUCGUCCACAGCCUCGAUGGUGCCCCAUCUGCCGCACAAGACGCUGCCCCGCGCCCUGCAGCAGCAGCAGUAUCAGUGCACCUUGUAGGUGUCUCCCACUCUUUCCAGCUGGCUAUGCCCACUUGUCCUGCUGAAUGGCACAGACCUUCAUUUAGCUGCCGAUGACUGCGCAUAGCCAGAGCCAAAAUUAACUCCAACUCCAGCUUGAACUUCAAUAUUUAAACAUCUAAUUGUAAGCCCAUCCUUGUGUCUGUGUCUCUGCCCCAAGCUUUAACUUGGAACUGUGCAAUUCUGACUUCCUUUUAAGAGCGAGAUUAGUUCGUAGACUUUAGCUGUACUUAUUUUUGUAUAAACUAUUUAU